GAAACUAUUACAGCUGGAGCCAUUUUACAGUAAAGCCUCAUUCAAGAAAAUAAAUAAUAAACAAGAUGAAAACGCAGUUUAACUCUUUAUGUUCUGACUCAUUGUGUUCAUCAUGAAUCUCUCCAAAAGUUUGACUCGUGGAGAAUCUCCUAAACCCAGUUGUGUGUCCAUGAAGAGUGAUGAAUCAAUGGGUAUUCCAGUUAACUUCAGUUCAGGAGACUGUGAUGAUACAGAUGUGAGUAACACAACAAAUGGAUCAUUCAAAGGGAAGCACAUGGAUUCUGUUUUCCAGGAGCUUGAGCACAAACUCAUCUCUAUGAUGAAGAAAGAGCUGAAAAUCUUCAAGAGUCUACUGAGUCCAGAUUACCCAUCAUGCUCUGAGAGAGAAGAGGAGGAUGAUGAAGAUCAGAUCAGAGUCAGAGAGAUGUUUCUGAAGAUCACACUGAACGUCCUGAAGAAGAUGAAGCAGACAGACCUCGCUAACAAACUACAGACCAUAUUUGCACCUGUAUACAUGAAGAAACACAAAUCCAGACUAAAAGAGCAAUUCCAGAGAAUGAAUGAAGGAAUCUCAGCUCAAGGAAGCUCAACACUUGUGAAUGAGAUCUACACAGAGCUGUACAUCACAGAGGGAGGGAGUGAAGACAUCAAUAAUGAACAUGAGGUGAGACAGAUUGAGACAGCAUCCAGAAGAUCAGAGACACAAGAAACACAAAUCAAAUGUAAUGACAUCUUUAAAGUCUCACCUGAACAAAACAAACCCAUCAGAAGUGUGCUGACUAAAGGAGUCGCUGGAAUUGGAAAAACAGUCUCUGUGCAGAAGUUCAUUCUGGACUGGACUGAAGAAAAAACAAAUCAAGAUCUUCACUUGAUAUUUCCACUUCCUUUCAGAGAACUGAAUCUGAUCAAACAGAAAAAUAUCAGUCUGAUGGAUCUUCUUCAUCAGUUCUUCACAGAUACAAAAGAACUGAGAUCAACAGACUUUGAUGAUUAUAAAGUUGUGUUUAUCUUUGAUGGUCUGGAUGAGUGUCGUCUUCCUCUAGAUUUCUCAAAGAAUCCGAGUUUGUUUGAUGUCAGAGAAUCAGCGUCAGUGGAUGUGCUGCUGACAAACCUCAUCAAGGGGAAUCUGCUUCCUUCUGCUCUGAUCUGGAUCACCUCUCGACCAGCAGCAGCCAAUCAGAUUCCUCCUGAGUGUGUUGAUCUGAUCACAGAUGUACGAGGAUUCAAUGACCCUCAGAAGGACGAGUAUUUCAGGAAGAGAAUCAAUGAUGAGAGUCUGGCAGACAGAAUCAUCACACACAUGAAAUCAUCCAGAAGUCUGUACAUCAUGUGUCACAUCCCAGUCUUCUGCUGGAUUUCAGCCACUGUUCUCCAGAGAAUGUUGAGUGAAGCAGAGAGUCAAGCACAGAUCCCCAAGACUCUCACUCAAAUGUUCACACACUUCAUGAUGUUUCAGAUCAAACUGAAGAGUCAGAAGUAUGAUGGGAAAUGUGAGGUAGAUCUUAAGCAGGCUAGAAAGAGUCUUGAGUCACUGGGAAAACUGGCUUUUCAACAGCUGGAGAAAGGGAACCUGAUCUUCUAUGAGGAGGAUCUGAGAGAGUGUGACAUUGAUGUCAGAGAAGCGUCAGUGUACUCAGGAGUUUGUACUCAGAUCUUCAGAGAGGAGUUUGGACUGAACCUGGGGAAGGUGUUCAGCUUUGUGCAUCUGAGCGUUCAGGAGUUUUUCGCUGCUUUAUUCAAGUUUUUAUUUUCGAUUCAAGAUAAAGAAAACAAGACAAGUGUGAUUAAUUUACUAAAGAGUGAAGUGAACAAGGCCUUACAGAGUAAGAACGGACACCUGGAUCUUUAUCUGAGAUUUCUUCUGGGUCUUUCACUGGAGUCCAGUCAGACAAUCUUACGAGAUCUGAUGACACAGACAGGAAGAAGCUCUGACAGUAAACAGAAAAUAGUCGAGUACAUUAAGAUGAAGAUCAGAGAGAAUCUCUCUCCAGAGAAAUCCAUCAAUCUGUUUCACUGUCUGAAUGAACUCAAUGAUCAUUCUCUAGUGCAGGAAGUACAAACAUAUGUGAACAGAAGAGAUGAGUCUAGUCUUACUGGAGUCCGUCUCUCUCCUGCUCAGUGGUCAGCUCUGGUGUUUGUGUUACUGAACUCAGAAGAGAAGCUGGAUGAGUUUAAUCUGAGGAAAUAUGUUCGAUCAGAUGAAUGUCUUCUGGGGCUUCUGCCAGUGAUCAAAGCAUCCAGAACAGCUGAUCUGAGUCUCUGUAAUCUGACAGAGAAAAGUUGUUCAUCACUAGCGUCAGUCCUCAGAUCAAACUCCUCAAGUCUGACAGAACUGAACCUGAGUAACAAUAAACUGAAGGAUUCAGGAGUGAAGCUGCUCUCUGAUGGACUGAAGAACACAAACUGUAAACUGCAGACACUAAAUCUGUCUGGAUGCAGUAUUGGAUCUGAAGGUUGUGUUGCUCUGACUUCAUCUCUGAGAUCAAACCCCUCACAUCUGACACAACUGAAUCUGAGCAGAAAUAAUCCAGAAGAUUCAGGAGUGAAGCUGCUCUCUGAUCUACUGAAGGAUCCACACUGUCAACUACAGACACUACUUCUGAGUGUCUGUAAUCUGACAGAGAAAAGUUGUUCAUCACUGGCGUCAGUUCUCAGAUCAAACUCCUCAAGUCUGACAGAACUGAACCUGAGUCUCAAUAAUCUGAAGGAUUCAGGAGUGAAGCUGCUCUCUGAUGGAUUGAAGAAUACAAACUGUAAUCUGAAGACAUUAAAUCUGUCUAGCUGCAGUAUUAGAUCUGAAGGUUGUGUUGCUCUGACUUCAGCUCUGAGAUCAAACCCCUCACAUCUGACACAACUGGAUCUGAGAUAUAAUAAUCCAGAAGAUUCAGGAGUGAAGCUGCUCUCUGAUCUACUGAAGGAUCCACACUGUCAACUACAGACACUAAUUAUUGAGCCUCAAAGGAAACAAUGACAUGCAGAGUGAAAGGAUUCACUUCACUCAGUAAAGAUCAUCUGUGCCUUUUUCUCUUUGAAGACUGUGACGUCAACGGUGACAGCUGUGAGGCGCUUAAAGUGUAGAGUUAUGUUUAAUGUAAAUAUAAUAUUACUUUUGAAAUGUGUAAAACAUUCUGAUCUAAUAUAUGCUGUAUCAUCCUGUAGUCUCUGAGCUUAUAAAGUCUGGUGUGUGUCUGGUCACAAAACAUUAUGACAUGGUCAAUGGCCACCUAGAUAUUUGGCUCUAAAAUUAAAACAUAAAAUACAUAUAAUAAAAUAAUAGUUUUAUCAGCAACAGACAAAUUGAUAAUCAAAUGAUCGUUGACAUAAAACAAUAUAAUGACUUUUUCCAUACACUCUAAAAAGUUUUACUGCAAUUUACUAAACAUUAAUUAACUAAGCAAAUUAAAAACAUUAAGCAAAUCUGAGUAACUCCAUUUAUGUAUAUGACAAAUAAAAUUGAUUAGAUCUACUUAUUUUAUUUUUAUUAUCUGAAUAACUUAAUUAUUUUAUAUGACAAAUAAAAUCGAGUAGAGUUAUUCAGAUUUACUUAUUUGUCUUGCAUUAAUUCUGUUUAAGCAGUUAAUUUUAUUGAUUUUGCAAAUCAAAAUAUUUUUUAGUGUAAAUUGUUCCACCAAAAUAAAUGAGUAGAUAUAAUUAAACAUAUAGCAAUUUUUGGUAAAAAAAACACUAUUUACUAAAUGUGCAUUUAAUGUAAUAUUGGACUAUGAAUUAUCAAAAUGUUUAAAUUGUAUUUACCCUUUACUCCAAGAGUACUUUACAAUGAAUGAUAAAACCAAGUUGUAAAUAAUGUGUGCACAGGUGCUUUCUUUAUAUUACAAAAUGUAUUUGUGAAUUAAACAUUU